GAUCCUCUAAUGCAAUUUCUGAUUUCUCCACCUCUGUCACGUUCGCAAGCUAUUUUUAUGCAUCAGUUUUGCUUGCACACUAGAUUAGUGCCAUUCUUGCCCGUUCUAGUUUUCAUUUUGGCUAUUUACAUGCAGAGCUCACCUAUUACUGCAAUCGAAUAAUUAUCUCCGGAAAAGUUCUAGUGGACAGUGAUGGACAACAUUGUAGAUUCUUUAAGUAAUGCAUAUAAGGAGUUUGUUGAAGCAGCCGCUACUGUGCUUGAGGCCAAGGAAAUUUCAGGUGGCCAAAAGACAGUGGCCACAGAUGCAGCAUUGGAGAACUUUAAACAGAGGUGGGAAUUGUUUAGGGUGGCUUGUGAUCAAGCAGAGGAGUUUGUGGAGUCUGUCAAGCAAAGGAUAGGCUCGGAGUGUCUGGUUGAUGAGGCCACUGGCUCUGUUGCUGGGAAGUCAGGUCAAGCCACAACUGGUCUUCCACCAAUAAGUGCUGUUCGGUUGGAGCAGAUGAGUAAAGCUGUUCGGUGGCUUGUGCUUGAGCUGCAGCACGGAGGAACAGCUGGUGGUUCAGUGCAUGCACAUCCUUCUGUUCCUUUUGAUACCAGGUUCUCUGAAGAUGGUGCUCAAUAAGUACUUAAAUAUAUUUCUUUCUGAAAUAGACAGUACUUUGUGUAACAAAUUGUGCUGACAGAUGUACUUAUUAGACUCUGAUGAUAAAAAUAGUGCAUUUUGAUGA